AUGACCGGCGGAUUCAUCGCGAGGCCCCACUCAACCAGAGGCCAGCGUCUCGGACAGCGCGCCGCGCGCGGGCCCACACUGGAGGCCGACGUGGCCGUAUGGCGCGACGGCGCCUCGCCCCUGGCGCCCGCCGCGGCCACCGUCAUCGGCCUCCUCAGCUCCCUCGACGUCGUCGCCUUCCUGGCCGCCCACCCCGGCGGCGCGGCCGCCGCCAUGAGGACGCCCGCCGGCGACGUGGUGGCGCACGAACCGGCGCUCGUGCGCGAGGUCGAGCCCCACACGAGGUUGAUUGAAAUAGUGGAGCUGAUGAAGCAAGGAGCGAGGCGGGUCCUGGUGCGCAAGAACAUCACGGAGGCGUGCACCGUGGUAGACAAGAAGCCGUUCGCGCCAUUCUACAAGGCGGUGCUCAAGAUCACCGGGGGGCCGAAAGCGGCGGCCUCGGCGAAGGCCGUCGGCCAGUCGUCGUCGUCGGCUCCGGCGGCGUUCGGCUGCGACAGGUACUGCUGCCUGACGCGGGAGGACAUCGUGCGCUUCCUCAUCAACUGCCUCGGCGCGCUGGCGCCGACCCCGCUGCAGUCCAUCUCCUCGCUGGGCGCCGUCAACCGCGGCUACGCCCACGUCGAGGCCUCCUCGCCGGCCAUCCAGGCCUCAUGGAGGGUCCCCUCCGAGCCACGCGCCGUCGCCGUCGUGCGGACGAACCGCGACGGCUCGCACAAGGUCCUGGCCGACGUGUCCGCGCACAGGCUGUGGCUGCGCGACUACGUGGCCGCCGCGGACGCCAUGGCGAGCUUGUCGUCGCUGAGCUUCGCCGCGGGAGUCGACGGCCACGGGAUGGUGCCGCCGGACGACGACGACGUGGACGCUGCCGCACCGUCGCCGAGGGCGUCGAGGCUCAGCAGCGGGAGGGAUGGGUCCGAGGCGAGCCUCGUCGGCUAG